AUGCGGAAGAAAAGCUACACCCCGCCAGUAUGCGAGUUGAUGUAUUUGAUCCAGUUUGCGGCCCAGACGGUGUCAUGGAGAGACGGGAGGUUUGAGUCGUCACUUCCGCAGGCGUUUGCGGAAGGCGGUGGUGAAGGCGAGUGCUUCCCGCGCCAUUCUUUUGGACUCUCGCCCAGAUCUCCAGAAUUUUCAGCAUUCUCGAUAUCCAGCGAGGAUAUAUACGCCGAUUCCCCACGCUUUGAACCGACCGCCCGUCUUGGUAAUCAGUCACCGACCGCCACCAUGUCUACCGCCGCCCGCCGUCGCUUGAUGCGCGACUUCAAACGUAUGCAGACUGAUCCUCCCGCUGGCGUUUCUGCCUCGCCCGUCCCCGACAACGUCAUGACCUGGAACGCCGUGAUUAUUGGUCCCGCCGAUACUCCAUUCGAAGACGGUACCUUCAGACUCGUUAUGCAGUUCGAGGAGCAGUACCCCAACAAGCCACCUGCGGUCAAGUUCAUCAGCCAGAUGUUCCACCCGAACGUCUACGCUACUGGAGAGCUUUGCUUGGAUAUCCUGCAGAACCGCUGGAGUCCCACGUAUGAUGUCGCGGCUGUGUUGACGAGCAUUCAGAGUUUGCUUAACGACCCAAACACGGGCUCCCCGGCGAAUGUUGAAGCGUCGAACCUCUACAAGGACAACCGGAAGGAGUACACGAAGCGGGUUCUUAUGAACAAGAAUGUCCGCGCCUUACUUCAGCAGGGUAUGGCUCGUGUAGGAAUAAGCUGCUGGGCUACAGAUGUCUUGAUCUUCUUCGCAUUAAGCAACUGGGUGGCUUUUGGGGCGACCCCAUGUUGCGAUAGGCGUUUCGUGGACGUGCUUUGCUUUUCCUAUCCGUUGAGUCACCCGUCGUCGGUGACGUUAGGUUCGUCUUCAUCUGGCUUUACAGGGGAGUUCGUGGGAAGUGCAUUUUUGUUUAUUAUGAAUUCACAGGCGAAAGCGGAGCAGUCCACCAUAACAAGACUCGCCCAAAAGGCCAACCCCCAACUCUCAGUCCACUUGGUCAACCGUGCAAAGUGCAAACUCUCCCAGUCCCGUUGGGCACUGCAUGGGCGAUGCGUUCUGCUGUAUCCGUCCAUUCCAGCAGUAGAACAGGGGACUUUACCCAUCUGGGACGGGGACCCCUCGGCUGUGCUUUGGGAAAGACGACGAGUGACUUGUGACUUUCCAUGGGAACUGAAGGAACUGUGGGAAGCGCGUCCCGUCAUUUGCAUCUCAACCCCCCAAGAGCCCCCCCAAAACCCGUUUCCCAAACAAUACAACCCACAUCUCCCUCCUCUCUCGCUUUCUGACCGACUGCCUUUCUGGCUGCUACUGCUGCUGGUUUGUGCUGUCGCUGUUCCGUUCUCCUUGCAUCAUCGCCCUGCAACACCUGCGAUAUGUCAUUCUAGCAGCCUUUCCACAUCCGCACACCGUCAUUUCAUCCCACCCGCCUUGUUUGUGUGUGUCCUUUCAACACAACCCCCCGUUGCCGAGCUGCGGCCGCCGAGUGCCUCGCAACCACAAAACCCCCUAUCUCGCAGCAUCUUGUCCCGAUCGCAACCUCACGACCCCGGCUUCGACCUCGCUUGUAUCAAGGUUGUCGCCCGAUUCCGUCCACAGAACAAAGUGGAACUGGCGUCGGGCGGCCAGCCCAUUGUCUCCUUCAGCAGUGAGGAAACAUGUACUCUGGACUCCAAGGAGGCCCAAGGCUCCUUCACCUUCGACCGUGUCUUCGACAUGGAGUGUAAGCAGUCCGAUAUUUUCGACUUUUCCAUCCGAUCGACCGUCGAUGAUAUUCUCAAUGGUUACAACGGAACCGUCUUUGCCUAUGGUCAGACGGGUGCCGGAAAGUCCUACACCAUGAUGGGUUCCAGCAUCGACGACGAGGAGGGGCGAGGUAUUAUCCCCCGUAUCGUCGAACAAAUCUUCGCCAGUAUCAUGUCUAGUCCCAGCACUAUCGAGUACACGGUUCGAGUCAGUUAUAUGGAAAUCUACAUGGAGAGGAUUCGCGAUUUGCUUGCGCCUCAAAACGACAACCUUCCCGUCCACGAAGAAAAGAAUCGCGGUGUCUACGUCAAGGGCCUUCUCGAGGUCUAUGUCUCCAGCGUCCAGGAAGUCUACGAGGUUAUGAGAAGAGGUGGAAACGCCCGAGCCGUUUCUGCAACCAACAUGAACCAGGAAUCUUCCCGCUCGCAUUCCAUCUUCGUCGUCACCAUUACCCAAAAGAAUGUCGAGACCGGAUCGGCAAAGAGUGGUCAGCUUUUCCUGGUCGAUUUGGCCGGUAGCGAAAAGGUUGGAAAGACCGGCGCCAGUGGUCAGACGCUGGAGGAAGCAAAGAAGAUCAACAAGAGUUUGAGUGCUCUCGGAAUGGUCAUCAACGCCUUGACCGACGGCAGAUCAUCCCACGUCCCCUACCGCGAUUCCAAGUUGACCCGUAUCCUCCAAGAAUCUCUGGGAGGUAACAGUCGGACAACACUCAUCAUUAAUUGCUCUCCCAGUAGUUACAACGACGCUGAAACCCUUGGCACCCUCCGAUUCGGUACUCGUGCAAAGGCAAUCAAGAACAAGGCCAAGAUCAACGCCGAGCUCAGUCCCUCCGAACUCAAGGCACUGCUCGGCAAGGCCAGAGGCCAAAUUUCGACUUUCGAAACGUAUCUCUUAAAUUUGGAAGGCGAAGUUCAGCUCUGGCGUGCCGGAGAGGCCGUUCCUAAGGACAGAUGGGUGGCCCCCUUGUCCGCAGAUGGCGUAGCUGGGACUAAAGCCGAAGCAAAGGCGCCUCGUCCUUCAACACCAUCCCGCCUCCUACCCGACAGCAGAUCCGAGACCCCAGCCAUCUCCGAGCGGUCAGGAACACCAAGCUUACCACUCGACAAGGAUGAGCGCGACGAGUUCCUGCGCCGGGAGAACGAGCUCCAGGACCAGAUUGCCGAGAAGGAGUCUCAGUACAACGCAGCAGAAAAGACUCUUCGGGAGACCAAGGAGGAGCUUGCCUACCUCAAGGAGCACGAUGCGAAGACUGGGAAGGAAAAUGAGAAGCUGAACGGGGAGGUGAACGAGGUCAAGAUGCAGAUUGAGCGACUUACCUUUGAGGGCAAGGAGGCGCAGAUCACCAUGGAUGCGCUCAAGGAGCAAAAUGCCGAGCUGACUGCGGAGCUGGACGAGGUCAAGCAGCAGCUUCUGGACGUGAAGAUGAGCGCCAAGGAAACAAGUGCCGUCCUCGAUGAGAAGGAGAAGAAGAAGGCUGAGAAGAUGGCCAAGAUGAUGGCUGGCUUCGACCUAGGGGCCGAUGUGUUCAGCGACAACGAGAAGGCCAUCUCGGAGGCUAUUUCCCAACUGGAGGCCCUUCACGAGGUCAGCUCCACUGGCGAGGUUGUCAACCCAGAUGAGCUUCAGGCUCUGAAGUCACGCUUCGUCGAGAUCCAAGGAAUCGUUAGACAAGCUGAGCUGUCUGUCUACAGUGCUUCCUCGAGCGAAGCAGAUGCUCGUCGCAGAGCCGAGCUCGAAGACCGCCUCUCGGCUCUCCAGCAGGAGUACGAGGAGCUCCUGACCCGCAACCUUGGGGAGAACGAUGUCGAGGAGAUCAAGGCUCGCCUGGAGAGUGCCUACUCCAACAAGCAGACCACGUCCAUGGAGCUUGUUGAUGAGCUCAAGGCCGAGAUUGCCCAGAAGGCUGCCGAGAACUCCAAGAUGAAGACUCUUAUCGAGGAUCUUCAACAGAGAGUCAAGGCUGGUACCGCCGCGCCCAUGGCGAACGGCAAGUCGAUUCAGCAACAGAUUGCCGAGUUCGACAUUAUGAAGAAGAGUCUUAUGCGCGAUCUUCAGAACCGUUGCGAACGUGUGGUUGAGCUCGAAAUCUCGCUUGACGAGACAAGAGAGCAGUAUAAUAACGUGCUCCGCUCAUCCAACAACCGGGCCCAACAGAAGAAGAUGGCCUUCCUGGAGAGGAACCUUGAGCAGCUUACUCAGGUUCAGCGCCAGCUCGUCGAGCAGAACUCGGCACUGAAGAAGGAGGUGGCCAUUGCUGAGCGUAAACUCAUUGCUCGUAACGAGCGCAUCCAGAGCUUGGAGAGCCUGCUACAGGAUAGCCAGGAGAAGAUGGCUUCUGCGAACCACAAGUACGGCCCCCUUGCGAUCCAUGUUUCUGUCUACCCUUCAAUCUCUCAAUCUCUGUUUGAGGUUCAGCUUGCUGCUGUCAAGGAGAGGCUAGAGGCAGCCAAGGCUGGCAGCACUCGCGGCCUGAACUCUCCCUCGCUGGGCGGCUUCAGCUUCUCUGGUGCUGGCAGCCGCAUCGCCAAACCCCUCCGUGGCGGUGGUGCUGAUAACCAGGGACCUUCCAUCCCUGUCAUCAAUAGCAUCCAGCAGAACGAGGGCAGUGCCGGCAAGCGAAGCAGUUGGUUCUUCUCUCAGAAGGAGAUACGCCCUCACCCUUCGAAUAGACACACGACAACGUACAAGUUAGAUUACAGCUUGGUGCGGACUAGACCACUAUACCCCCGCUGUGUUGAUCCUGGCGGCGGCAAGACCCCCUUGCUCUUCACAGAGGCCUUUCUUCACCUUGGAUUUUCUUGCUCGAGCACAAAUUACGGAACUGGGAAAGAAGAGGCUUCCCUCUUUCUUUUGAUGUUGAAUUUUCUUCUUCCUCCUUUUCUUUUGUUUGGGCGGGUCUGCAUUGCUGUUGGAUUCUGGCUUGACAAGCAAGUUUCUGGGCGGUCUUUUGUCAUUUUCGGUCAAGAAAGGAGGAUUUUGGGCGGACAACCGACACCACGAGAACAUACAGGAUGGAUGAGAAGAAUGGCUGACCAGGCAAAACAUUUUUUGCCUUUUCGCCGCCGCUGCUGCAUUGUCUGGGGAGUUGGUAUUGUUCACGAAAGGACCUCACUACUUAUGAAACCCAAGACAUUUGACGGUUUAAUGACACUAGAAAGAAAGACUUUAGCUGCUCACGUUCUGAUGAUGAUUAUGGUGAUGCACAGAGACUAUCCGGCUAGCUAA